AUGUCAAGCUCAAGAACUCGUGCACGACCCCACAACGAUACUUCUCGGCUUCCAAAGUCCAAUAAUCGAGCUUUUUCCCGUCCGAGCGAGACCAAAGGCAACGAGUUUAGCACGUUCAAUUUUCGCUCGUCGUCUAAAUCGAGCUCCAAUGACUUGACGUGUUUCAAGGGAAACCGGAAAGCUCGUUUCGCCUUAUCCUCAUCGGCCAUGAACUCCUUCUCUAAAGAACUCACGGCCAACGAGCUGUCCCAGUCGACUAAUUCAAGAAUGCGCUUGCCAUCUUCCUCGACGAUGAUUCGGAAGAAAUCGGGUUUACGGACGACGGCGACCCUUUGGGGCUCCAUUUCGUCGGCGAUUUGCCGUUCCUCGAUUAGCAGCCGGUCCAUGAGGUCUCCACAUCUUGUUGUCGGUGUGGCGGUAGGUCUGGAAGAUGAGUGGGUGGCGGAGGAUGGAUUUGAGGACUUUGCGGCCACGGGGGAAACCGAGCUGCUGGUGGAGCUUGCCGGCGUCAUCGAGGCGGAGGAUUUGGUGGGGCUGUUUGGAGAGUUCUGCUUCUAUUUAUCGGCAGACUCACUCGCCCACUACGAUUUGUUGUGGCACGAUUUUGCUCCUAUUGCGCGAGGAUGUAUUGACAUUGGAUAUACAAGGCCACUCGAACCCGGGUGGCGCAUCGUGAUUGCUAUUAUUACUACUAUUGCCAUCACUCGAAUACGACCUCCCUCUUUGCAUCUGACCCAGCUGAGGUGGCAGCACAACUGUCGGGUCCACAAAAUUCCUGCCUUGCCCCUGCUCAACACUUGUACUUGCCGCCAUUUGAGGGGCGUUAAAAGGCAUAUUAACCGUAUUAUGCCCGAAAUCACCCUGAAAGAAUCCUCUGCCUUGCGGGUCGGUAUUCACAAACCCAUCUGUGGGCCCCAAGGGAGGCUCCAGAGGCACGGUAGCAGGGCCCAUUUUCCACGGCUGAUGGUAAUUUGGUGGGAAGGUAAUGGGCCCAGCAGGCCGUGGAGGGUAGCCCAGCAUCGAGCCCUGUCCUGA